AUAAUCAAACCUAAAAAAAACUCUCAAAACAAAAGACAAAGAGUGGACAACCCCAUCGUCGGUGCUGACUCCUGCCUCCUUCCUCCUUCCUCCUUCCUCUCUCUCUCCUACUCUUACACCCUACCACGCUCCAUUACUUUACUCCCAAAAAAAACCCCAUUUCAAUUUCACACUCUCUUCUCAAUUCUCAUCAUCUUCAACUACUACUUACUACUACUACAUCUACAUCUUUCUGAUCUGAUCUAAUCUAAUCUAAUUAGAUCUGUAUUUUUCAAAAAUCCGAAUCAUGGGCCAAGAGGGUUUCACGGCCCAAAAACGGCCCACAGCCGGCCCAACAGGAACCACCCUUCCAACCACCACACUUUCCUCCGGCAACAACCGCUCACGUGGGUCCCGCGGUAGACAAAUAGCUAAAACAAUGAACAACAUAAAGAUCACUAUUUUAUGUGGGUUUGUUACCAUCUUGGUACUUCGAGGCACCAUAGGGCUGAAUCUUGGAACUAGUUCCGAUGCGGAGAGAUCGAAUCUCGAAGCGGAAGCUAUGCGAGUAAUCGCCGAGAUUCGAUCUGAUGGAGCUGAAAUUGAUGAUGAUGAGCCACCAUUUAAUCCAAACAUUACAUUUACAUUUGGUCCCAAGAUUACUAAUUGGGAUGAUCAAAGAAAAGAAUGGCUUGGAUUGAAUAAAGAGUACCCAAAUUAUGUAAAUGGGAAACCUCGGAUGUUGUUGGUAAGUGGGUCUCCUCCUAAUCCUUGUGAUAAUCCAAUUGGUGAUCAUUAUUUGCUUAAGAGUAUUAAGAAUAAGAUUGAUUAUUGUAGACUUCAUGGGAUUGAAAUUGUUUAUAAUAUGGCUCAUUUAGAUAAGGAUUUAUCUGGGUAUUGGUCUAAAUUGCCAUUGAUUAGAAGGUUAAUGUUGUCACACCCUGAAAUAGAGUGGAUUUGGUGGAUGGAUAGUGAUGCUUUGUUUACUGAUAUGGUGUUUGAGAUUCCUGUUAGUAAGUAUGAGGAUCAUAAUUUGGUGAUUCAUGGGUAUCCUGAUUUGUUGUUUGAGAAGAAGUCUUGGAUUGCUUUGAAUACUGGGAGUGUUUUGUUUAGGAAUUGUCAGUGGACUUUGGAUUUGCUUGAUACUUGGGCUCCUAUGGGUCCCAAAGGUCCUACUAGGGAUGAGGCGGGGAGGUUAGUGACCGCGUUUUUGAGUGGGAGACCUGCAUUUGAGGCGGAUGAUCAGUCGGCUUUGAUUUACUUGUUGAUCUCUCAGAAGGAGGUUUGGAUGAAUAAGGUGUUUGUGGAGAAUUCGUAUUAUUUGCACGGGUUUUGGACUGGGUUGGUGGAUAAGUAUGAGGAGAUGUUGGAGAAGUACCACCCAGGAUUAGGUGAUGAGAGGUGGCCAUUUGUGACCCAUUUCGUGGGUUGUAAGCCUUGUGGGAGUUACGCCGAUUAUCCUGUUGAGAAAUGCUUGAAGAGUAUGGAAAGAGCGUUUAACUUUGCGGAUAAUCAGGUGUUGAAGUUGUAUGGCUUUAGGCAUAGGGGUUUGUUGAGUCCAAAUAUCAAGAGGACGAGGAAUGAGACGGCUACACCAUUGGUAUAUGUAGAUCAGUUUGACAUUCGACGUGGUGGAUCAAAAUCAUGAUAUUUAACUCAAGACUCCUCCUUUUGAGGAUAAUGCAAGCUAACCAACCUUGUUGGGUUCUGCUGAUUGUAACAUGAUUAUAGUGAUCAUGAGUGAGGAGGUUCUUCUUUUCAGUUUUUACAUGUUAAGCUCACACAAUUAUCCAGGACUUCAAAAGUCCCCUGACAGAAAAGGAGAAGAAAGUUUUAUGCUUUCAGUUCAUAUUCUGUUCUCCAUCUGGGAUAUGUGGAAAGGAAGAUCCAUGAUUUUGAUUGGAAAUGAAAUAUUUAUUUUCAGUUUCUCAUUCUUUUACACAAAUUGUAUUCAUAUGUUAUGAAACAAAGCUGUCAAAUUGUCACACAUUCUUGUAGUCUGGUUAUUUAUUACAUUUUUGUGAAAGAAAUUUAUGACUUACUAUGAAA